ACUUGUGGGAGAAAUAUUUGUCAGUUUCAGUAAGCUAUCAUGGCGGACUUUGUUAAUGUAUUUUGUGUGCAGCUGGUUAUUUGGUUGUUGCAUGUGUAUGACACCUUAGGUUUGUUGUGUUCCUGUAAUGAAUGUACAAACACAAGCACAUGUAAUACAACAGGAGUGUGCUAUGCACUCAUGACGCGGAGAAAACAGGGCAAGAAACUUAUCUAUAAUUGCCAUCAUAAGCCAGUGCCCAAAGAUCGGCCGUUUUUCUGUGAGAACAGUAAUGUACGAAAGUAUGACUGGAACAUAUCUUGUUGCUCGGACUCUGCGUUUUGCAACAAAAAACUCCACCCUGUUCUUGAACCAUACAAACCAGAUCCAUCAAGAGGAGGAUCUGAAGGAAUGGACCUAACUAAUACCGUAGUCAUCACAAUAUGUGUUGGAGUGAUCCUUCUGUUGCUGCUUAUUGCAUUCAUCUACUUCUGCCAACGCCGGUCACAGAUCUACUUGCCUGCUAACUCCACAGUUGACCGCUUCCAGGCCAUGCAAUGUGGCAGUCUGCGCAGUCUUAUUGAAGACUGGUCCCCUUCUGGUUCUGGUUCAGGUCUUCCUCUCCUUGUUCAACGAACCAUAGCAAGACAGAUACGGCUAAUAGAGAUUAUUGGAAAAGGCCGUUAUGGUGAAGUGUGGCGGGGACAGUGGCGAGGGGAGUCGGUGGCGGUGAAGAUCUUCUCCUCACGAGAUGAACGUUCGUGGUUUCGUGAGGCUGAAAUUUACCAAACAGUGAUGCUUCGUCAUGAGAACAUUCUUGGUUUUGUUGGAGCUGAUAAUAAGGGUAAACCUGCCAUUGCCCAUCGAGAUUUAAAAAGUAAGAAUAUUUUAGUAAAAAGAAAUAUAACCUGUUGUAUUGCUGAUUUAGGUUUGGCUGUGCGACAUGAUUCAGAGACCGACAAGAUUGAUAUACCCCACAACACACGGGUUGGAACUAAGCGUUAUAUGGCACCAGAAGCGCUGGAUGAAACGAUAAAUGUUAAUCAAUUUGAUUCAUUUAAACGAGCUGAUGUUUAUUCCUAUGGUUUGGUUUUGUGGGAAACUGCAAGACGGUGCAAUGGGUUUAAUUAUUAUUCAUCAUAUGAAGAAUAUGAGCUGCCAUUCUAUGACAUGGUGCCAUCGGACCCAACCCUUGAGGACAUGAGGAAAGUGGUUUGUGUUGAACGACUCCGCCCAACCAUACCUAAUAGAUGGCACACAAACGAGACUGCCAGUCACAUGGCUCGACUGAUGAAAGAAUGCUGGUACCACAGUGCUGCUGCUCGCCUUACAGCUCUACGCAUCAAGAAGACAUUGACAAAUAUGGCUCUAAGGGAGGACUUCAAGAUUUAAGGGCUAUUUGGAUGUUUUUUUAGGGGUAAUAUUUCUGUUUUUCUUUUACCAUGUAUCAUCAAUGGAGAGUAAGCAGCUUUGUCUCUAUAAAGCUAGCAUCACAUCAUACACCGAUUUGCUGCUCCCCCUUCCUCACCGAAUUGGUGUGCAGUUGGUUCCUGCUCUGCUGGAUGCUUGCUGGCUCUACAACAACAACAACAACAAAAAAGACAACUACAAACAAGAAGGAAAUGGAAAAAAACAAUAAUGGCAUUUGCCAAAAAAUGGUUGGAAGAAAUAUGUAAACUCCUAUUCUACCCACUCCUAGAUAUUCUGUGUCUGAAGCAAAAACUGUGAGAUGGUCAUGGCUGGAAUGCCUUUGGCUUUAACAUAAUUAAUAGGUCUGCUGAUCAGGCCCGAUGUGAGGCUAACAAACUCUUUUUUUUAACCAGCUCAAUUUUUCAGAGUUGCUCACCAUAAUAGCAAACAGCAACCAAGUAGCGAACGAAAGCCAUCUUCAACAUCUACUUCUUCAACAAUAUGUAACAACAAAAACAGGAACAGCAGCAACAAUUUUAUCAGCAGAAAGAGCAACAAUGUGCUCACACACACACACACACACACACACACACCAAGCAGCAAGGGGUGGAAAACUGUCUUGCCCAAACAAACCAAAGAAUUUUAAACCAAGUUAAAGCCAGAUGGUUGUAUUGAAGAAAAAGAAAAAGAAAAAAAAAUUGAUUAAACCAUUUAAAUGGGUCUUUGUACCAUUUUGGGUUGAUAAACUCCUUGCCACAGAUUGACCCAUUGUGGAUGUUUUUAGUCUUUACAACAUUUCAAAAGAAAAAAAAAAAACAAAGAAAUUCUAACCUUUCUGUCAAAUCACACUCAGAAAUCCGCCCUCACCAUUUUCUUACAAGAUUUGGCUGCAAGGUUACAACAAGAACAAUCUCAACAACCAAUAAUCUAUCGUAGAUAAUUUUCAAAUAUAAACCACGACAUAUUUUUUCCCUUGCCUUAGUUUGUACAAAUUUUACAGCUGAACAAUGAAUCAUUUGGAAUUGUCCCUCACACCACACAACACAUCAUCAUUGUUAUCAUUUUCAUCAGCAUUGUCAUCAUCAUCACCAUCAGUCAUUAUCAAUUAUCAUUAACAUCAUUACCAUUUUACUGAACAUGUUUCUUUUUUUCCAAUGACUGUCACCAUAGCAACUUUCCAGAGAUAUCAUGUACCAAAGUAACAAUCUUUUUUUUUUUUUAACGACUUGAUGUCUUUUCUUCAACACCAAUUAUGGUACAUGCGAAAGGGUGGAUAAGCAUGACCUAUUAUUGUUAUUAUUAUUUUUAUUAUUAUUAUUAUUAUUAUUGUUAUUAUUAUUAUUAUUAUUAUUGAGGCGGCAAACUGGCAGAAUCGUUAGCAUGCUGGGCAAAAUGUUUCACGGAAUUUUGUCUAUUUUUACGUUCUGGGUUCAAAUUCCGCCAAGGUUGACUUUGCCUUUCAUCCUCUCAGGAUCAAUAAGUACCAGUUAUGCACUGGGGUUGAUGUAAUCGACUAGCCCCCUUCCCACAAAAUUUCAAGUCUUGUGUCUAUAGUAGAAAGGAUUAUUAUUAUUAUUAUUAUUAUUAUUAUUAUUAUUAUUAUUAUUAUUAUUAUUAUUAUUAUUAUAAAGGCGGCAGGCUGGCAGAAUUGUUGAAAUGCUGGGCAAAAUGCUUAGUGGGAUUUCAUCCAUCUUGAUGAUGUUUGGAGUUCAAAUUCCACCAAGGUUGACUUUGCUUUUCAUUCUUUCGGGGUUGAUAAAAUAAGUACCAGUUAAAUACUGGUACUUAUGAAGUUGCUGGCCUUGUGCCUUUAUUAGAAAUUAUUAUUAUCAAUAUUAUUUGUUUUGUUUCUGAUUUGAACAGUUAACAUCAGUAUUUUCCUUGUUUCUAUCAUGAAUAUUGAGAUGCACGUUGUCAAGAAAACCAACCUUGUUCAUUCGGAUGUCCUAUAAGAAUGGUUUGGCAACAUUUAAACAUUGCUAUUAUGAUGGGACUACUGUGUCUCCACUUAACAACAACAACAACAACAACUUGUUGAUGUCUUUACAAAGAGAUGCUGUACCGAAUCCAGAUAGAAAUAUGGAAUCUGAUUAUAAUACUACUACUAAUAAUAAUAACAAUCAUUAUUAUUAUUAUUAUUAUUAUUAUUUUAGGCAAAGGUGGCAAGCUGGUAGAAUUGUUAGAGUGUUGGAUAAAAUGUAUUUUUUUCCGAUUCUCUAUGCUCUGAGUUCAAAUCCCACUGGAGUCAACUUUGCCUUUCUUUCCUCCAAGGUCGAUGAAAUAAAGUACCAGCUGAUUAUAUCGAUUGGGUUUGAUAUAACUGACUAGUCUCCCUCCCUUCAAAACUGCUGGCUUGUGCCUAAAUCAGAAACAAUUAUUAUUAUUAUUAUUAUUAUUAUUAUUAUUAUUAUUAUUAUUAUUAUUAUUAUUAUUGAGGGUAUUGAUUGGCAGAAACAGUAGGACAACAAACAAUACUCCUGGCAGUUAUCUAGUUAAGUCCCUUCUUUUGAAUUCAAAUCUUGUAAGGGGUUGACUUUGCAGUUCAUCUCUCAGGGUUUGAUAAAUUAAGUCUUAGUCAAGUACUAGAGUCAAUUUAAUCAACUCCCAUGCACCACUCCAAAUUGGAAUUUGUGAUCUUCUGCUUAAGUUAGAAAUUUAUUAUUAUUAUUAUUUCAUUUACACACGACAGAUUAAACUGUUGGAAAAAAUACCUAACACUGGACUACAAGUAACCUUGGAUGCCAAGAACCUUCCUAGUUGUCCCUAAUAACACUGUUUUCUGGAGUUGCACUAAAGUAGGUGUGAUGCCUAUUUCUCUAUCCGUCUGUUGAAAUCGUUAGGAAUAUUUACUAAUGCACCUAUAACUACUGGGAUACAUUUUACCCCCACUUUCCAUAGUCUCUGGCUAGGGUCUGAUACUUUGCUAUUUUCUUUAUACCUCUCAUAUCACUUCAUUAUUAUUAUUAUUAUUAUUAUUUUUAAGGCGGUGAGCUGGCAGAGUCGUUAGCACGCUGGGCGAAAUGCUUAGCAGUAUUUCAUCUGCCAUAACAUUCUGAGUUCAAAUUCCGCCAAGGUUGACUUUGCUUUUCAUCCUUUUGGGGACAAUAAAUUAAUUACCAGUGAAACACUGGGGUCAAUGUAAUCGACUAGUCCCCUCCCCACCAAUCUGAGGCCUUGUGCCUUCAGUAGAAAGGAUUAUUAUUAUUAAGAAAGUGUAGCGGAAAUGGCUGAGAGAGUUGUUUGUCAGGCUAAAUCUUUAUGGUAUUUGGCAUGUUAUGUCUUUGUUCUGAGUUCAGUUUCUGCCAGGGUUGACUUUUCUUUAGGGUCAAGAAAAUAAGUACCAGGCAUACACUGGUGUGUAAUUCACCCCUUCACAUAUUUGUGACACUGUUCAAUAUAAGAGAUCCUUAUCUUCUAGGAUUGGCAGAAUUAUUAGAGAACUGGGUAAGAAUGCUUUUUUGUGUGUUGUGGCUCUUUAUGUUCAGGUAUCAAAUCCUGCUGCGAUUAGUUUUGCUUUCAUCCUCCCCAAUGUCAAUGAAAUAUGUAGCAGUCACGCAUCGGUCAUGGUUGGGGGUUUGAUAGAAUUAACUACUCUCCCCACCCACCUCCCAAAAUUCCUGGUUUUGUGUCUCACUAAGAAAUUAUUUUUAUUAUAGCAAAUAUUGUCAAGUUGACAAUCCAACUUUUGAUUCCUGGCUAUAAGCUGUUUCAUUUUAUUUAUGCUCCUAAUGUCUUCAUGAAUGUUACAAAAAUCCUAGUUUGCCAUCUGCUAAAAUUCAGGGCCUUGAGGCCAAUCAAAAAGAAAAAAAACACACCUUUAUUGUUAUGAAAAUUUGAAGGGCAAAAUUCCACAUUGUAUGUAGUUAUACCAACAGGAAUGGUUGUGUGCUUGUCAGUGCUUACCUCACUGUAUUUAGCAUCACUUUAUGUUUUAAGUUCAAAUUGCAAUGUUGCUAGCUUUGCUUUUCAUCUUUUUAACUUUCAGUUAUGUGAGAAAUAAUCAUCAUCAUCAUUAAGGCAGUGAGUUAGCUGAAUUGUUUACAUGAUGUGCAUUUCGUCUGUCCUAACAUUCUGAGUUCAAAUUCGACCGAGUUCAACUUUACCUUUCAUCCUUUUGAGGUUGAUAAAAUAAGUACCAGUGAAACACUGAGGGUCAAUGUAAUCAACACAUCUCUCUUCCACCAAAUUUCAGGCCUUGUGCCUAUAGUAGAAAGGAUUAUCAUCAUUAUUAUUAUUAUUAUUAUUAUUAUUAUUAUUAUUAUUAAUUAAGGUGGCAAACUGGCAGAAUCGUUAGCACGCUGGGCGAAAUGCUUAACAGUAUUUUGUGUGUCUUCAUGUUCUGAGUUCAAAUGCUGCCAUGGUCGACUUUGCCUUUCAUCCUUUUGGGGGUCAAUAAAAUAAGUACCAGUGAAACACUGGGGAUCAAUGUAAUUGAUUUGCCCUCUCCCUCCGAACUUGCUGGCUUUGGGAAUGGGUUGCAGACUCGAUCCAGUGAGAUAUUGGGUUGUAUUCCUUUAUGUUUUCAAGUUCAGUCCCUGCUCGAGUUGACUUUGUUUUCCAUUCUUUUAGGUCAGUGAAAUAAGCACCAUCCAAUUACUAGCUUUGAUAUAAUUUAGUGUUCCCUCCCCCCCAAAUUAGUGACCUUGUGUCUGUGUUAGAAGUCAUCAUCAUCAUCGUCAUCAUUAUUGUUUUCAGGAAAGGCAGAAAGUGGGCAGAAUCGUUGGCAUGCAGGGCAAAAUGCUUAGCAGCAUUUCAUCUGUCUUUAUGUUUGAAGUUCAAAUUUUACUGCAGUCCUUUCAAGAUCGAUAAAAUAAGUACCAGUUGCGUACUGAGGUUGAUGUAAUCGACUAGACUCCCUCCUCAAAAUUUCAGGCCUAGUACCAAUAGUGCAGAGAUUAUUAUGAUUGUUAUUUAAGACGUUGCACAGUAUAAAAUAUCUUGAUGUU